CAAUAUGGCAUGCCCCAUGCCUCUGUGCCCUGAACCCUACACACCUGCCAAUGUCAUUGGUGUUUUUAGACGAUCUAAUGCUGCUAGAAUAAAAAAAUUUGGCUAUCAACAGUUGGAAGAAUUAAAAAAUCAAAAAAGCCAGAACUAUUAA